AAAUUAAAAAUUACAUAUAAAUUAAAAAUUAAAUAAAAUUAAUUAAAGUGUUACAUUUUGCACUUUUGAACCUGAAACAACGAAAUGAAACUUAUACUCGAUCUAAACUGAAUAUUUUAUCCACCACUAGACUCGUCAUAUUGAUUAAAAUCUUAACACAUCUUAACGCUUAACACAUAAACAAUUUGAUGUACGACUUCUUAUGCAUUUGCAACACUUUAUCAUAUAACUUGCCGAAGUAGCUAAACGAUCCGCUUUUAUAAUAAUUGUAGUAUUUUUGCAAUUGAUUCAAGUUAAAUCCCCUUUGGGAACCUCAUAUAAGAAUUUCAACAGAAAUGCAAUCUUUAUGCUUCGAGAAAGACAAAAAGUUAUAGAUUCCGAUUUCGCUGUUAACCGGGGCCAAAGUCUUAAAUUCUUCUUCAAGAUUAAGCAAAUAAGGAAAUGAUCAUGACUUCAACAGAUAGAGGAACAAAUCAGUCAAAGAUUUGUAUGCGAAAUACUUUUUCACACGUCUUACAAACUUUACAAGCGCGACAUGCACUGCGCGGCCUUCCCAGAAUGGAGCACGUAUUUAAAACUGUUUUGAAAUUUCUUUUUCCUAAGAACAUUUUCCCAAAGUGUUAAACUGACUGAUGAAGGUUUCAGCAAAAUUUUAAAUUAUCAUUUCCUACGGGUCGUAAGUUAUUGAUAAUUUAACUUUAAGAGAGUAGUCGAAAAAAUAGACUUUUCAACAAAUUUUUCUGAAUGGAAGAUAAGGUAGCGGAAUAACAAUAUUCGAGAAGACAUUUAAUUAAGCAUUAAAACAAAUUUUUUCUAAAAAAUGUAAUAAAAAGAAAAAGCGGAACCAUUUUCGCGUGGCACUAUCAGUGUUAUGGGCUCCGCGGUAGGCAGCGCAACUGGUGCAAAUUUAAUUCUACGCUUCAAUUUGUGCGACUAAAAAAGUCUCAGAGGAGACAUCAAAGCUAUGGAUGAACAUAACUACAUCUAGCUCACAGUAAUAUACAAUUUAAGAAUAUAUGUAAAGAUAUACAAAUAAUUUAUGAAGCUACGGAACGGUACUUCUGCAUGAUACCAAUGAAGUGAGAAAAAUAAUAUAUCGACACAUUCGAUAGUGUAAAAACGAAAUUUAAAUGACUAUUUAAGUGCAUUCGUUUUAAAUUACAACAAAACUUUUUCAAAAACAAACAAAAACAAUUUCCUUUGCCUUGGCAUCUAAAACAUGCUAGGUUUGCCAAUAAAAUGUAAGCAAUGCCUGAAUUCUGGAAAGGAUAAAAAAAUACAGAAAAUAUAAAAUAAUAAUAAUGCAAGAAAUAUCCCACAAUGAUUUAUAUGACAAGCACGCAUAACGUUGCAGUAAUGAUGGUGGUGGUGAUAGUGAUGGUUGUGGCUUAAGUGACACACGCUCUAUUACAAUCAACAAACUCUUCGAAUGGAACCGUUGUCUACACUAUCCUUUUUUUUGGUUUUGCUUCAUAUGUGCGUAUGUGUAUAUGUGUUUAUGCACACAUAUACAUGUAAUAUUUAUGUAUUUAUUUACGAUAAAAGCUUGUCAGCAUUCAUACACAACGCGAGCGUAUAUAAAUUAAGCUUUUAAAAAUUGGAUUAGUGGUUGCAGUCGGUCUUAAGGGAUCUUAAGGGAUCAACGACAGUGACAUUAGCGGCAAUAAAAACAGCAGCAAUUGCAACUCUUAUCUAAAAAUCAACAGUAACAAGAAAAAACAAAAGACAAAAGAAAAAAAGACUAAACAAUUGAAACAAAUUGUCUUUGACAAGUUCGUAGCCAUUAGAUGAAGAGCCAACAGCUCGCUUGUGUGUUUGAAUGUAUGUGGGCACAUGAACUGCUAUUUGGUUAUUUUAUGUACAUUUAAUGGCUCUCUUAUUCGCUUAUUGUGAGGUCAAUGGUGUACAUAUUUUCAAAAUAAACUUGAAAUCGUUUCCGCUAAAAUUCAAUCACACUAGUGAAGAGAAGACAGCCUACAAUUUUAUAUAAACACAUAACAUAUACAAUUCCGGCGUGGAUACCAUAAUUUUUUCUUCUUUCAUAUAUAUAUACAUAUAUAUAUAUACAUAUAUUUGGCAUAAUGUCACAAUUCUAUAGAAAUCGUCGUCGUCGCCAGUCUGGUGAACCCUGCGAUUGUCUACGUCCUCUUAUAAGAGCAUUUGGUUUUAUCACCGCCAUCGUACUUUGCGGUGUUGGUGUUGAUUUGCACUUACAUGGCUACACGAUCGGGCUUAUUUUGUUGGUUUCGACAAUGUUUAUGAUAUUUUUUGAAACCAAGUGGAUAAUAACUUUAUUUCUGGAAUUACUCUUUGCUAACGACAAUUAUUCCGUUUGCUUGGAAUGCUGGAGUUUUUGUAGAUUUUUUGGCAGCUGGCGCCUGGCGUUUCCCUACAUAUUAAUCGGGAUUGCUCUGAUGAUGUGGCCGCACAACCUAUGGCUAAGUUAUGUAGCUGGCAUUUUAAUGAUUUUACUGGCACUGCUGCGUUUAUGUUUAAUCUUCCGUUUCACCAAUAACUUCAAAGACGAAGAGUUAUUGCCACAAUCCGACUUUGACAAAAUUGAAUCCGAUUCAAACAGACGUGAUGACGGUUUCGUUGAAAUUGUGCCUAGUUUAGAGGAGGAAGAGCCUAUCGAUGAUGUUUGCUGAUGAUGACGAUAUUAUUGUUAUAGUUAAAUUUUUUUUUUAUUGAUUUCUCUUGUAAUCAAAUACUUUACUUGUGCUACUUUUUAAGUUUUUCUCUAUCCGCCUGGGUGGCCGAGUAGGCAAGAGUCGCGACUAGCAACUCAG